GUUCUAAGUUGCCCGAGGACAUGGAGUAGUACAAUCGUCCUUCAGAGCCACCAAGACUCUCGGUGACUUGACAUGUUCACUCUUCGCCAUAUUCUCUUGAUAUAACGAACCAACCUCGCUUGCAUGCUCUGGUCUCAGGUUGUCUUCUAGGACCAAACAUCAAAUUCGAGUCGCAAGUCAAUAUGGACUGGUUGUCUCGCAGUAAUCAGUUCGAAACAGGAGACAAGACAGACAUUGGCUUUCAUCCUGAGCAACCCUGCAGGAUUCGCAUUAUCGAAAUUCAGGAAGACAAUGAUGGCAAUGUGGACAUCAAUCCAAGUACUAUUGAGUCUCAAGACGGUUACGUUGCAUGGGCACAACAAAUCGGCCCAUCACUGCGUAUGGAACAUCGUCCCACAUUUUGCCUGGUUAUGCAUCAACGUCUGAGAGGGCCACAUGACACACUGAAGGCCACCGCUCUUCCGUACGAUGACCAGACAUUUACGAAAGUCUGCACAGAAUUGUGUCAACACAGAUCGCUAGCUGGUGUCAUAGCCAGAGAUUCGACUGCAGUCUUGAAUAUCAGACACGUGAAUUGGGAUUUUGGGGCUUCUAGUUGCCCCUCAGUAGUGUACCACUGCAAGUCGGAUACUGAGUCUCUUCCCAGAGACGAAGAUAUUGUGCUGUCGGCUACCUGCUUUACUAACAAGCCCGUGAUACUUGCAGUAGCAUAUGGCUGCACAGAUGAUGUCCUUGAGGAUAUAGAAGCUUGGCUCGAGCGAAUCAAGACCUCAGUAUUCCAUCGGCUCGUACUUCCUAUGCUGUUUGCCGAGCUAGAGCGCAAGCGACUCCUGGAUGCCAUGGAAUAUAAGUCGACAGACCUUGAUCAGAAGAUCCUCGACUUGAAAAAUCAACUCAAGAACGAAAGAACCGUUUCCCGCUCUCUUCUCGCAAGGAAUAACGAGAAAAGGACAGAAAUCAAAUUAACAGAAAGGGAUGCCGAAGCUGUCGAACUAUGGCGGUCAAUAAGUCAGCUGAAGAAUGGGAUCCAGACCCUGCUUGCUCUUCUUGAAUCGAUGAACAGCCACCUGAAAGAUUCAUCCAAGAUGCGAUCGAAUAAUGACCCACAUGGCGCUGAAGUAUACCCUCACGAAAAGGAGAGUGAGAUGCAUAUUGAGUCAAGAUUAGAUGAGAUGAUAGCUGAGAUUAACAGCAAGUUGCGACAUUGCCAGGGCCUUCUGGACGGCAUGGCUCUCGCUAUGCAAAUGGAAAGAGAUUACUACACAAGGCAGGAUUCAAGAGCGAGUUACAGUCUCGCACGAGCCUCAAGCAGAGAUGGCAGCACAAUGAAAAUUAUUUCUAGGCUGGGCAUGUAUUUCCUGCCUCCAACGUUCCUCGCUGGGCUGUUCUCCAUGAGCUUUUUCAAUUGGAUACCUUCGAAUAGUCAGAUCAUCGUUUCACCCUGGAUAGCUCUGUAUGCAGGACUUGCUGCGCUCUUCACCAUUUUCACCUGGGUAUAUUCUAAGCGGAUGGAUAUAGUAGCGGAGAUAGAGAACGAAAAGACGUUGAGAGAUGUGGAUAGCGAUGGGGGUGAGAUUGUUUGAAAGUUUGUCUGGAGUACCCUGCACACUGCAGCACGUUAGCAGGGAAACAAAUCCUCGAGCUCCAUCACAACGCGGGCCAGGCAGACUCUCUCAUCUAUUUGCAUGUGAUGCGGCAACAUUUGUUGAUAGUGAAGGGCAAUGAAUGCAAUCCCAGCCAUCCUUCAAAUCAUGAUAUAUCAACC